AUGGCAACCCAGACAGCAACCGAGACGGUUGUCCGAGACACAUUCGCGGUCAAAUCCCCAGAUGCCCUGGGCACGACUUGCCAUCUCUUCGAGAAAGGCGAGAAGACCCCUUUUGGCGAUUUCCGAGAUGAUAUCAUUCGGGAUGGCUUCGCUGUUGUCAAGGGUGCAAUCCCAAGAGAUCGCGCAGACGGCUAUGCGGACAAGAUGUACAAAUGGCUAGAGGACUUCAAUCUAGGCUUCAAGAGAGACGAUCCGUCAACCGUGCACUGGAAGAACAUGCCCAUCAUUACCGAGAAGGGUAUGAUCCUAGGUUAUGGCAUUCAGCACGAGGACUUCACGUGGGCUGUCCGACAGGAACCUGGUGUCGUUGGUGCAUUCGAAAAGGUCUAUGAGUCCGAGGACCUCAUCGUUUCCUUCGAUUCUGUCGGAAUGACCUUCCCCAACAGAAAAGAUAUUGCUGCCAACAAUCCAUGGCCACAUCAAGACCAAGAUCCCGCUAAGCCUGGGUUUCGGUGUUUGCAAGGCUUAGUGAACCUGCUGCCGAAUGGACCAAAUGAUGGUGGCUUGAUUGUCUGUAAAGGUGCACAUCGUUUGAGCGAGGAGUUCCAUAAAGAAUUCAAGGAUGAUGCGGACAAGAUCUGGGCCUGGACCAACGAAUGGUACGGUUUCAAUGACAGAGGUAUGAAGUGGCUAGAAGACCGUGGAUGCACUUGGGAGAAGGUCUGUGCCGAACCCGGUGACCUGAUUCUCUGGGAUUCGCGCACGCCACACUACAACCUGAGCCCCACUGGUGACAAGCCUCGAUUCUGCAUUUAUACCUGCUAUCUGCCUGUCGCCGAGGUGUCGCAAGAGGAUCUCGUCCGCAAGAAGGCUGCCUUCGAGAACAACGACCCCACGACUCACUGGCCGAAUGCUCUCCAUGUUGUGUCCCUACCCAUUUUGCGCGACGGUGUACCAGAUCCUUUGAACUACAAAACCCCCAAGUCAGGUAGUCCAAAGCUGUCAGAGAGGGGUUUUAGGCUGACGGGAAUACCGUACGUAAAGGCUGAGGCUUGA